GCAUAAAAGUGACUUGAAGAAACUUUGUUACAAACCAAAAGUUACUGAUGAAAUCAUAAUGGCAAAAAGGCCAGGUCAUAUUCCGGAUGUCAAUUUAAAGAGCUCCUCGAAUAUUGGAAGUCUGAGAAAUUCCAGAAAAUGUCUAAAACAAAUGCUGAGAAUCGGAAGAAGUUGUUGAAUCCGCACACAGUCGGCAAAAAAAGUUUCGCUUUAGUCCGCAAUAAAUUGGAAAAAACCAAGGGAAAUGUAUCACUUAAGGAGAUCUUUGUGGAAACAAGAGCAAGGAAACCCGGGCGCUUGUACAAGGAGUCAAAUGAAGACACAACUAGUAAAAUUGCUGAAAUGGAGGAAAUUGAAACACAACUAAGCGCAGAUGGUAGUCAGCUUGUUGAUGCAUACUCAGCCGUUAUGGGUCCAGAACAUCCGGGACGUCUAAGACUAUAUGGACGGGGGGUUACAAAGACUUCUUUGAAAGGAAAAGUUGGAACUUUUGAACCAACUUCAAAUGCCACAAAUGAUGUAGUGCAAGAAAUGCAAGAAAGGAUCCAAAAAAUGGAGGAAAAAUGGAGGAACAAAAGAGAACUAUGCGAGCGAGAAGUUCUUUGCGAAGCGGACAUUACUUCAAAAGUAAUUGAAAAACUCCAACGUGCGUGA